AUGUUCAGCUUUAUGGAUUCAAGGACUGUAUUGCUACUUCUAGCAACCCAAGUGUGUCUAUUAGUCGUUGUGAGAUGUCAGCAGGAUGAAGACCAGGAGGAUGCUUUUAGCUGUAUACAAGAUGGAGAGCGUCAUAAAGACAAGGAUGUAUGGAAACCAGAGCCUUGUCGCAUCUGUGUGUGUGACACCGGAAUGGUCCUGUGUGAUGAAAUUGUCUGCGAGGAGCUAAAAGACUGCCCCAAACCCGAAAUUCCAUUUGGACAGUGUUGCCCCAUCUGCUCUGCUGACCAGCCUCCAGCCAUUGGACUACCUGGAGCUAAGGGUCAGAAGGGCGAACCAGGAGACAUUACAAAUGUUGUAGGACCAAGAGGACCACAGGGCCCAAUGGGCCCUCCAGGAGAGCAAGGACCCCGUGGAGCAAGAGGGGAGAAAGGAGAGAGGGGAAGCACCGGUCCUCGUGGGAGAGAUGGUGAGCCUGGCACCCCGGGAAAUCCUGGUCCCCCUGGACCUCCAGGGCCAAAUGGACCCCCUGGCCUUGGUGGAAACUUUGCUGCUCAGAUGGCGGGUGGUUUUGACGAGAAGUCUGGUGGUGCACAGAUGGGUGUGAUGCAAGGACCAAUGAAAGAUUGGGUUGUCAGUCAUCUUGAUAUUGUGCUUCUGGUUUCGUGUCUUUCCCUCAGGGCCCUAUGGGACCCAGAGGACCACCUGGCCCCACUGGAACACCUGGCCCACAAGGUUUCCAAGGCAACCCAGGAGAACCUGGAGAGCCUGGACAAUCUGGCCCCAUGGGUCCCCGUGGGCCAGCUGGCCCUCCUGGAAAACCUGGAGAAGAUGGUGAGGCCGGCAAACCUGGCAAAGGAGGCGAACGUGGACCUACCGGACCCCAGGGAGCACGUGGAUUCCCCGGAACGCCUGGUCUACCUGGCAUCAAGGGGCACAGAGGUUAUCCAGGUCUUGAUGGUGCAAAGGGGGAAACUGGCGCUGUGGGUUCUAAGGGUGAAGCUGGUGCUUCUGGAGAGAGUGGCUCACCUGGACCAAUGGGCCCUCGUGGAUUGCCCGGCGAGAGAGGACGUCCUGGACCCAGUGGGGCCGCUGGAGCACGGGGAAAUGAUGGUUUGCCUGGUCCUGCUGGUCCUCCAGGUCCUGUUGGUCCUUCUGGAGCCCCAGGCUUCCCUGGCUCACCUGGUUCAAAGGGAGAAGCUGGUCCUACCGGUGCUCGUGGACCAGAGGGAGGUCAGGGACCCCGUGGAGAGUCUGGCACUCCUGGGUCACCCGGACCUUCCGGUGCUUCCGGCAACCCUGGUACUGAUGGUAUCCCUGGAGCUAAAGGUUCAUCUGGUGCUCCUGGUAUCGCUGGGGCUCCUGGUUUCCCUGGCCCUCGUGGGCCUCCAGGACCUCAGGGAGCUACCGGACCUCUUGGGCCAAAAGGAACAUCAGGAGAUCCAGGUAUCCCUGGAUUCAAAGGAGAAGCUGGACCCAAAGGAGAAAUUGGACCAGCUGGUCCUCAGGGAGCCCCUGGCCCACUAGGAGAAGAAGGGAAGAGGGGACCCAGGGGAGAGCCUGGUUCUGCUGGACCACUUGGACCUCCUGGAGAGAGAGGAUCUCCAGGUAACCGUGGAUUCCCUGGUCAAGAUGGUCUGCCCGGCCCCAAGGGUGCCCCCGGAGAGCGUGGACCUUCUGGUGCCAGUGGUCCGAAGGGGGCCAAUGGUGACCCCGGUCGUCCUGGAGAGCCUGGACUUCCAGGUGCCAGGGGCUUGACUGGUCGCCCAGGAGAUGCUGGACCUCAAGGAAAAGUUGGACCUUCCGGAGCUCCUGGUGAGGAUGGCCGCCCCGGCCCCCCUGGCCCUCAGGGAGCCCGUGGUCAACCUGGUGUCAUGGGAUUCCCCGGACCCAAGGGAGCAACUGGGGAACCUGGCAAGUCUGGUGAGAAGGGACUGGCUGGAGCUCCUGGACUGAGAGGUUUGCCUGGCAAAGAUGGAGAAACCGGCCCUGCGGGACCUCCUGGCCCUGCUGGCCUUGCUGGAGAGAGAGGAGAACAAGGACAGCCUGGACCCUCAGGCUUCCAGGGUCUUCCUGGACCUCCCGGCCCUCCUGGUGAAGGAGGCAAACCUGGAGACCAGGGUGUCCCCGGUGAGGGUGGAGCUGCUGGUGCAACUGGACCCAGAGGAGAGCGUGGCUUCCCCGGAGAGAGAGGAGCUGCUGGCCCUCAGGGUCUGCAGGGACCCAGAGGUCUGCCUGGAACUCCUGGAACUGAUGGACCCAAGGGAGCCAUCGGGCCUGCUGGUGGCUCUGGAGCCCAGGGGCCCCCAGGCCUCCAGGGCAUGCCUGGAGAGAGAGGAGGUGCUGGCGUUCCUGGACCCAAAGGAGACAGAGGCGACCUCGGAGAGAAAGGUCCUGAAGGUGCCCCAGGCAAAGAUGGAGGCAGAGGUCUCACUGGUCCCAUUGGUCCUCCUGGUCCUUCCGGUCCCAAUGGUGAGAAGGGUGAAUCUGGUCCUGCUGGUCCUUCUGGGCCCGCUGGUGUUCGUGGUGCUCCUGGUGACAGGGGAGAGACUGGACCUCCUGGACCUGCUGGUUUUGCUGGACCUCCUGGUUCUGAUGGUCAGCCUGGAAUAAAGGGUGAGCAGGGAGAAUCAGGACAAAAGGGAGAUGCUGGUGCCCCUGGACCCCAAGGACCAUCUGGUGCCCCUGGACCAUCGGGACCUACAGGUGUUUCUGGACCUAAAGGGGCUCGUGGUGCUCAGGGACCUCCUGGUGCCACUGGUUUCCCUGGAGCUGCUGGCCGAGUUGGACCUCCUGGUCCCAAUGGUAAUCCUGGACCUGCUGGUCCUGCCGGCCCUCCUGGUAAAGAUGGGCCCAAGGGUGUGAGAGGAGAUGGUGGACCACCGGGCAGGCAGGGGGACGCUGGGCUCCGCGGUCCUGCUGGGACUCCUGGCGAGAAGGGAGAUGCUGGAGAAGAUGGUCCUCCUGGUCCUCCCGGUCCUUCAGGUCCUCAAGGGUUGGCUGGUCAGCGCGGUAUUGUUGGUCUCCCUGGUCAGCGAGGUGAAAGAGGUUUCCCCGGUCUGCCUGGACCUUCUGGUGAGCCUGGAAAGCAGGGAUCUUCUGGUGGUCCUGGAGACCGUGGACCCCCUGGACCUGUUGGACCACCUGGACUCACUGGACCUGCAGGAGAGCCUGGCAGAGAGGGCAACCCUGGAUCUGAUGGACCUCCUGGUAGAGAUGGUUCUGCAGGAAUCAAGGGUGACCGUGGAAACACUGGGCCGGCAGGUGCUCCAGGAGCUCCGGGUGCAACUGGUGCAUCGGGCCCAGUGGGACCCACUGGCAAGCAGGGAGACCGAGGAGAGCCUGGUGCACAAGGACCUUCUGGACCUCCAGGACCUGCUGGAGCCAGAGGAAUGCCCGGACCUCAAGGACCCCGGGGAGACAAGGGUGAGGCUGGAGAGUCUGGUGAAAGAGGACAGAAGGGACACAGAGGAUUCACUGGUUUGCAGGGUCUCCCUGGACCCCCGGGUCAAGCUGGUGACCAGGGUGCUACUGGACCUGCUGGGCCCGCUGGACAAAGAGGACCACCUGGACCUGUUGGCCCCGCAGGAAAGGAUGGUUCAUUUGGCCUUCCAGGACCAAUUGGACCCCCAGGACCUCGUGGUCGCUCUGGAGAUUCUGGCCCUGCCGGUCCUCCUGGAAACCCUGGACCCCCUGGUCCUCCUGGUCCACCUGGGCCAGGCAUUGACAUGUCUGCCUUCGCUGGCUUGGGUCAGACUGAGAAGUCCCCUGAUCCUCUCAGGUACAUGAGGGCUGACCAGGCUGCUGGAAAUCUCCGUCAGCACGAUGCUGAGGUUGAUGCCACGCUCAAAUCUCUGAACAAUCAGAUUGAGAACAUCCGCAGCCCGGAGGGAUCCAAGAAGAAUCCUGCACGCACCUGCAGAGAUCUAAAGCUCUGCCAUCCUGACUGGAAGAGCGGCGAUUACUGGGUUGAUCCCAAUCAGGGUUGCACUGUAGAUGCAAUCAAGGUCUUCUGCAACAUGGAGACUGGAGAGUCUUGCAUCUACCCCAAACCUUCCAGCAUCCCUCGCAAGAACUGGUGGUCUAGCAAGAGCAAGGACCGCAAACACGUCUGGUUCGGAGAGACAAUGAAUGGAGGAUUCCACUUCAGCUACGGUGACGACAGCCUGGCCCCUAACACUGCCGCCAUUCAGAUGACUUUCCUGAGAUUGCUUUCCACUGAAGCCGCUCAGAACAUCACCUACCACUGUAAGAACAGCGUGGCCUAUAUGGAUGAGUCAACAGGCAACAUGAAGAAGGCUGUGCUGCUUCGAGGCUCCAACGAUGUUGAUAUCAGAGCUGAGGGCAACAGCCGUUUUACUUACAGUGUCCUAGAAGAUGGCUGCAAGAGACACACGGGACAGUGGGGUAAGACAGUGAUCGAAUACAGGUCGCAGAAGACCUCUCGUCUACCCCUAGUGGACAUUGCUCCCAUAGACAUCGGUGGAGCCGACCAGGAGUUUGGAGUCGAUGUUGGGCCAGUCUGUUUCUUGUAAAGGAGGGGGGAACCGAGAAGAAGCAAAGAAGAAGUGGGAAUUUAAAAAGAAAUACAAAUUGAAAGUGGAGCGUGCUUCAGGAAAUGGAGAGAAAGAGAAAAAUGAAAAAUCAAGACACUUUUUUUAAAACGGGACUUUUCUAAAUAAAAAGUGCUUUUCCAAGUCGAACUCCGUAGGAUAUCUGCACUGAAUGACAGCAGCAACUGUCAUUUGUUUUUCAUCCAGCAUUGCCUCCAGUCAGCUCUCCUUACCCCAAGGACACCCUCCAUCCUGUAAAAGCCCCUCCAUCACUCUUUUGAGAUAGCAGUUCCUCUCCAUUGACCCACGUCCAUGAACAAAUAGGAGGAAGUAUGAGGACAGUACAUGAACUUACCAGGGAAGAAGACAGACAAAAAUGUGUGGGUUCUAUUUAUUUAUUGUUUAGGUUUGGGUCCCAGGUGUGGUAGGAAAGGGUUUUGCAAAAUAAUAAAACGCCCAAUAAAACAAAACUAAACUCAUCCACCAACUUCUUCUCUUAAUUCCUCCUUUUUUCCCUUCCUCAUAUCACCACCGUCUCAUGUCCACUAAAUAAUACAUAUCUCUUUGAAACCAAAAAUCUAGCCACAUACAGCAGAGAGUGCAGGUGUUCCUAUUUCUACCGCCACAGUGUGUAUCAAAAAUGACUGUGUAUAAUAAUAAAAUCAAUGGUGCUAUUGUUGUAAAACAGUUUCUAUUUUUUAACAACCAGAUACUCACACGUAGUGACUUGUGUAUGUGUAUAUAUAUGUAUAUGCGUGUAUACAUAUAUAUACAGUUUCUCAGAGAAAGCAUUUUACCCUGCGACUUAUGUUCUCAGGGUGAUAAAUGCCCCUGCUUUGACCCCCUCCUGCUUCAACUUCCUAACAAAAUCACAUGCGCCCAACAUCGCCAACAAAUUUAUUAUUUUCCAUACCAUUGUAGGCAUUUUAAAGCUACCUCACACAAAAAAAAAGAAGAAUUUCAACAUUUUCUCCCCCAAAAAUCAAAUUUUGACAGUGUGAUCAUUGUGUCUGGUCAAGAAAAAGCCCAGUGUGCUGCCUCCCCAUUAGUGGUGUCCUCUUCCCCAUCUUUAAGUAGCCUCACAGAGGACACCCCCUCUGUUCUGUUCUGAACUUCUCGCCCAGGUACGAGAAGUCCAGCUCCGUCUGACAGAUCCUCCAGCUUGACAGCCAGUGCAGACAGUUCAUUUGUGUGAGGUUUUGUAUAUUUUAUAUUAUUAAUAAUAGUAUUAUUAUUAAUAAUAGCAUGAUGAUUAUUAAUAUCUUGACUUGUUUUUGUUGCGUAAUAAUUAAUGUAAAUUAUAAAUAAAAGACAAAACAAGUAACAGGCUGAUACUCCCUUUUAUUUAUGUUCAGUUUUGUUUUCCCCCAUGCUGAAGAAUCUGGGGCAGCAGGUUUUCAUUUUCCUGAAAAAAGAAAAGUCUCACCUAAACAUCUCACUGUGCCUUAUUUUCACCUGAUACUUAGCUCAGAUCCAAAGAAAAAGACACAGAGGAGAAGAACGAAUGUUGGGGUGAAAACACAAAAAUUGAGUUGAAGGAGGUGGUGAAGGCUUCGACAAUAUACCUGAAUAUGUAAUAUAUAUUUCUGAACAUUUCCUCUAGCGCUAAUGCAUGGUAGAGUUGGUGAAGUAGAAAUGGAAGCACUGCUAACCAUGAUCAGUUCUUUCUGUGACUUGAUAAUGUCUUCCUGUACCUCUGUUGCUUCAAUUCAUCUUUUUGCCUUUUUCAACCUACAGUAGCAAUAAACUUUCACUUCUAAGCAUUUCUAUGAACAUAUUAGAGCAAUGUUUCUUUUAUUGUUUUACAUAUUUGUUGUUGUUUUUGUUUGUGUUUUUUCCUUGAAAUGACUUUUGAUAGUUUGUUUAAUUAUUUAAUGUACUUGUUUCCAAUCUGAUACUUGAUCCUUGUUUGAAUCCUUUUUUGGUAAACAAACAGGAAAGUAAACAAAUCACUGGGACAGAAAUACAUCACCAAUAAAAAAAAAAUACCCACAGAUAAAACUGCACAGCAGACACGCUUGCUUUUUUAAUUUUGGGUCCUCAGCAUCCUCAAGCAAAAUGUGGAAUGUGAUUCUAUUUAGUGCAAAGAUCAACUUUAGGAAAAGUAAACUGUGGCACAGUUUCAAUUUAUGAUUUUCGACAAACAGCAACACAAAAAUAUGAAAGCUUACAUCAAUGUUGCCUCACAUGUUUGUUUACAAAGUUUCCACCUUAAUCUUCUUUAAGCCUGCGGUUACUCAACAUAUAACAUUUUUAACUAAUUCACAGCAUGUGAACAAGACAGACUGCAACCGGUCUUUCAUGGUUUACAAAACAUGAACAUCACAUUUAGCAUCACAUUAAAGUACAUAGAGUUAGCCCAUUAUAAGUUCUCUCCACAAACCAAUUAUUAUUAUAUAUAUAAAAAACUGUUAAACUAUUAAUAUUGUUUUUAACUAUGCUUCCCUUAUUUUAGUCUUUACCCAAUUAGAAACAGGGGGGCUCUCUUUCAAGAUUUCUUUUUUCUGCAUGAAUAAAUUACAUAUAGCUGUAUCACUAAACAUUAGUGUUGACAGGAACAGUAAAAUGAACACAAUAACACAUUUGUGACAAUACAAUUUGUCUUACCAGUUUUUAAUUUUAGUCCUUAGAGUAAAAGACAUUUCUGUUUUUUCAAUUCGUGAGGUUUGGGAACUUGAUUUUGUGGCAGCUCCGCUGAUCCAGUAAUUCACAGAUAGUAAAACAUUUAUUUUUUUAAAUACAUUUUUAAAAGGGAAAUUUUAAAAGAUUAAAUAUAAUUUUGUUUAUUUGUAGAUUCAAUUAAUCCUUAAUUAUCUCAAAACCCUGUUGGAAAUGUUGUCCUUAUUACGUCUUUAAGUUUGCUGAAUAAUCAAAUGGAAGAGGCUUUUUCCGUAAAAAAAAAAAAAAGGAAAAAUGUAUUUAUAUUUAUUCAUUAUAUUUAUUCAUAGCCCAUUAAAAUAUAUUGAAUGUUUAGCUCCACAUGUGCUAGAAAGCAAGUAAGGAUAUUCAGGAUAAUCAAAA